CAGGUCUCGGGCCCUCAGGCGGAGCGGCGGGCGCCGGACCCCCAGGCGGAGCGACAGGUCUCGGGCCCUCAGGCGGAGCGGCGGGCGCCGGACCCCCAGGCGGAGCGACAGGCGGAGCGGCGGGGGCGCCGGACCCCCAGGUGUAGCGACAGGCGGAACGACAGGUCUCAGGCCCCCAGGCGGGCGGCGGGCACCGAGUCACCAGGCACAACCGUGGGCUCCGAGUCAACUGGGAUGACCGCUGGCACUGGGUCAGACAUUGGAUCGUCUGGCUGGACAGCGGUCAUCGGGUCACCAGGCAUCAGGUCAUUUGGCUCGACAGCGGGCACCGCGUCAUCUGGCAAGGCAGUGGGCUCCGAGUCAACUGGUAUGACCGCGGGCACUGGGUCAUUUGGCUUGACAGCGGGCACCGCGUCAUCUGGCAAGGCAGUGGGCUCCGAGUCAACAGGCACGACAGUGAGCACCGGGUCAUCAGGUACCGGAUUGUCUGGCUCGACAGCGGGCACCGCGUCAUCUGGCAAGACAGCGGGCACUGGGUCACCAGGCAUCAGGUCAUUUGGCUUGACAGCGGGCACCGCGUCAUCUGGCAAGGCAGUGGGCUCCGAGUCAACAGGCACGACGUGAGCACCGGGUCAUUUGGCUCGACAGCGGGCACCGGAUCAGGUACCGGAUCAUCUGGAUCAACAGCGGGCAUCGAGUCAACUGGCCUAAUAGGAUCGUCAGGCUGGAUCAGUUCAUCAUGCUGGGUAGAGGCAUCAGGCCAAUAGAGGCUUCAGGCCGAGUAGAGGCUUCAGGCCGAGUAGAGGCAUCAGGCAGGCCGAGUAGUAGGCAUCAGGCUGAAGAGAGGCAUCAGGCUGCGUACAGGCGUCAGGCUGAAGAGAGGCAUCAGGCUGCGUACCGGCAUCAGGCUGAAGAGAGGCUUCAGGCUGAACCACGGAAGGCAGGUUCACCGGUUUGGAUACUGGCAGGAUGGUAUUGGUUGGAAAGAAUUUUCGCUUUUUUUUUUCUGGUUUUAACUACUGGAGCACUGCAAGUAAACGCAGGUCUGCAAACGAAUGGAGCAGCUGGAGACAGAGAAGAACUGGAGGAUGGAACAGGAGAGGGAGCGGUUGCUACAGAGGGCUUUUUUACAGGGUUAAAGGCAGGAUAGGUGCAGCGAGUGGGAACAGGGUACUGACAUGCGGUAGAUAG